GUAGUUGCGGAGAUUUGACUGCUGCACGGCAUGGCCCUUUUCUCCAGCAAGGAUGAGGUGAUGCUGCAGACGAUGCUCCGGCAGCUGUUCCAGAGCGUGAAGGAGAAAAUCACCGGAGCUCCCUCCUUGGAGUGCGCAGAGGAGAUCCUCUUGCGGCUGGAGGAGACUGACGAAAAAUUUCACAACUAUGAAUUUGUGAAAUACCUCAGACAGCACAUAUGUAACACGUUGGGGUCUAUGAUUGAAGAAGAAAUGGAAAAAUGCACAUCUGAUCAGAAUCAGGGGGAGGAUUCUGGCUAUGACACAGUGGUACAGCAUGUUACCAAAAGAACGCAGGAAUCGAAAGAGUAUAAGGAAAUGAUGUAUUCCCUGAAGAACAUUAUGAUGGUGGUGGUCGAGUCAAUGAUCAACAAGUUUGAGGAAGAUGAGACACGAAGUGAGGACAGGCAGAGGAAAAUGCAGAAGGAGCAGAGUGGCAGCUGCUGCACAGACAACUGCUCCGACAGUGACUCCUCCUUCAAUCAGAGUUACAAAUUUUGUCAAGGGAAACUACGGUUGAUUUUAGAUCAGUUGGAUCCUGGGCAACCUAAAGAGGUGAGAUAUGAAGCUUUACAAAUAUUGUGCUCGGCUCCCCCAUCCGAUGUCCUGAGCUGUGAAAACUGGACCACUCUCUGUGAAAAGCUGACCACAUCUCUGUCUGAUCCAGAUCCUAUGUUCACUGACCGAAUUUUAAAGUUCUACGCACAGACUUUUACACUCUCCCCGUUACACAUGACCAAGGAGAUUUAUACAAGCUUAGCUAAAUAUCUGGAGUUAUAUUUUCUUUCUAGAGAAAAUCACCUUCCUACUCUUUCAGCUGGAGUGGACAUAACCAGUUCCAAUGUGACCCGCUUACUGAAAAAGGUUCGCCUUCUGAAUGAGUACCAGAAAGAGGCUCCAUCUUUUUGGAUUCGUCACCCAGAGAAGUAUAUGGAGGAAAUUGUGGAGCGUACUCUGUCCUUGCUGUCAGUCAAACAGGAGCAAAGUCACUUGGUGCCACAGAAGAUUUUGGAUCCCAUCUAUUUUUUUGCAUUAGUUGAUACUAAGGCUGUGUGGUUCAAAAAAUGGAUGCAUGCAUAUUACAGCAGAACUACAGUACUGAGACUUCUUGAAAAGAAAUAUAAAUGUCUGAUAACUACAGCAGUUCAGCAGUGUGUUCAGUACUUGGAGUUAUGUGAAGCUAUGAAAGCUGAUGAAAUUUUGGGACAUUCAAAGCAUUGUGGAAACAAGCAAAAAAGUUUCUAUUAUUCAGGACAAGAAUUGCAGUAUAUUUAUUUCAUUCACUCACUGUGCCUUUUAGGAAGAUUGUUGAUCUAUACACAAGGCAGGAAAUUAUUCCCCAUAAAGCUGAAGAAUAGAAAAGAUUCAGUAUCCCUCACAAGUCUGCUGGUGUUGUUUACUCAAAUUAUCUAUUAUUCACCAAGUUGUCCAAAGAUGACAUCCAUCGUGUAUUCAGAGAAUUAUUCUCCUGCAAGUAUGGUGACUGACAUUCUGCGGAUGCUCUGCGACCAGAAAGAAUGUGCAGUUGAGUGCUUAUACAACAGCACAGUGACAGAGGCGCUUCUCCAGCCCAUUCAUAACCUGAUGAAAGGAACUGUGGCUGCUCCAGAUUGCUCUGAAACAGCUCUAAUUCAUAUAGCUGAUAUUUUGGCAAGAAUUGCUUCUGUAGAGGAAGGACUCAUUUUACUUCUGUAUGGAGAAAAUAUGAACUCUUCUGAAGAAGAGAGUCUUACAGGUGCUCAUAUAAUCGCCAAGUUUUCAAAGAAACUUCUUGAAGAAGAUAUUUCUAUUUUUUCUGGAUCGGAAAUGUUGCCUGUAGUUAAAGGAGCUUUUAUUUCUGUGUGUCGUCAGAUAUAUGGUACCUGCGAAGGCUUACAGGUGUUGCUUCCUUAUGGUUUACAUGAAUCUAUAGCAAAGGCGUGGAAGAAGACAAGCUUGCUAUCGGAAAGGAUCCCCACUCCAGUAGAGGGCUCUGAUUCAGUUUCCUCAGUGAGCCAGGAGUCUCCGAACAGUCUGGCCUGGGAAGACAAUUUGUUGGACGAUUUACUGAAUUUUGCAGCCACCCCCAAAGGACUGCUGCUUCUUCAGAGAACAGGUGCCAUCAAUGAAUGUGUGACGUUUAUGCUCAGCCAGUAUGCAAAAAAGCCACAGGUCAGCAGGCAGAAGGAGUUUGGCUAUGAAGUCUUGGUUGUCCAGGUGGCAUCCACAGCAGCAGGUGCAGUGGCUCUUCAGAACUCAGGCUUUAUUAGUGCACUUAUAACUGAGUUAUGGUCCAACCUUGAAUGUGGAAGAGAUGAUGUAAGGCUAACUCAUCCCAGAGCUACCCCAGUGGACCCAAUUGACCGAAGCUGUCAGAAGUCCUUCCUUGCACUGGUGAACCUGCUGUCCUACCCUGCUGUGUAUGAGCUAACAGGCAACCAGGAGCUUCCUAAUAAGGCAGAGUAUUCUCUUCGUGAAGUGCCAACAUGCAUCAUUGAUAUAAUGGAUCGGCUUAUAGUUUUGAACUCUGAAGCCAAGAUCCGGUCUUUACUGAAUUAUGAACAAUCACACACCUUUGGUCUAAGGUUACUAAGUGUGGUGUGCUGUGAUCUGGAUGCGCUUCUCUUACUGGAGGCUCAGUAUCAAGUAUCUGACAUGUUAUUACAUGCUCAAGAAGAAAAUACCUUUGAGAUCUCGGAGAACCACAGGAACUUUAUAAUUGAUGGAUUAUCCGUAGAGAGAAAUCAUGUUCUCGUAAGGAUUAACCUUAUUGGUGGUCCUUCAGAGAGGAUAUUGCCUCCAAGGAUGCUUGAGAAGGGGGAUGACCCAUAUCCUUGGCCAAUGUUUUCUUCAUAUCCAUUGCCACACUGCUAUCUGUCAGAAGGUCCACGAAGUGCUGAUAUAAAACAAGAUAAUGAUAUUGGAAACCUGUUAUCAUGCUUCAAAAUGUCUGAUAAACAAACAGAGUGGAUAGAGAACUGCCGAAGACAGUUUUGUAAGACAAUGAAGUCCAAGCCUGAUGCAGUCCAUGGAAGUGCCUUAGGAGAACUACUGGAAAAAUGGGUGCUGCUUCUCGCCGAAAACCCGUCUGAAUGUUACUUCCCUUCAGUGGAAUACACAGCUACUGAUGCAAAUGUGAAGAAUGAAAGUCUCUCAUCUGUGCAGCAGCUUGGCAUGAAAAUGACUGUCAGGUAUGGGAAGUUUCUCAAUUUGUUAAAAGAUGGUGCAGAAAAUGAUCUUGCUUUGGUCUUAAAGCACUGUGAGAAAUUCCUGAAACAACAACAGUCAGCGGUCACUUCUUCUCUUCGGUGCCUGCAAGGGAACUACGCAGGCCAUGACUGGUUUGUGUCUUCUCUGUUCAUGAUAAUGCGGGGAGACAAAGAGAAGACCCUCCACUUUCUCCAGCAUUUCUCCAGGCUGCUGACCUCUGCCUUCCUUUGGGUACCACGGCUGCAUAAUUCUAGGUACCUUCCUGUUGACACCCUAGGGACCGGCAUCCAUCCCAUCUACUUUUGCAGUGCUCACUAUAUUGAGAUGCUGCUGAAGGCUGAGGUGCCGCUUGUGUUUUCGGCUUUCCACAUGUCUGGUUUUGCUCCGUCCCAGAUUUGCCUGCAGUGGAUAACUCAGUGUUUUUGGAAUUACUUAGAUUGGAUAGAAAUAUGCCAUUAUAUUGCUACUUGUGUUGUCCUUGGCCCUGAUUAUCAAGUGUAUGUAUGCAUAGCCAUUCUCAAACAUCUGCAACGAGAUAUUCUCCAGCACACCCAGGCUCAAGAUCUGCAAGUCUUUCUCAAAGAAGAAGCACUGCAUGGGUUUCGAGUGAGCAACUAUUUUGAUUACAUGGAGAAUUUGGAGCAAAACUACCGACCAGUGCUGCUGCGAGACAUGCGCAGCAUCAGAAUGCAGAGCUCAUAGAUCAGGAGAAGCACACUCCAAUUUUAUGUCCUAUUCAUUUGUAAAGGAGACAAAGCAACUUGAUGGUGUUCUGUCUACAUCUGUAAGAUCCUUUGUGUGUCCGCACACUGGAAAUUAGCACUGUGGGGUUUGGAACAGAAUAUAUUCAUCUUGUUGUUUGCUCAGUGUGUAAAACAAAGUGAGUUCAUUUGUGAAGUCCCUUGUUCUUUAAAUUUUUAGAAUCUGCUCUAGGUUAUACUUUUUAUUUUAUGUUUGGCUUACAAAGGGAUCAAAGACCUUAAUGUAAAACCAAAUAUUUGAAACUACUAGAAGAAACACUCUUGAAAAAAUAUGAACAUAGCCAAUGGCUUCUGAGUGAGCCCAAUAGCUGAGGAAAUAAAAGUAGGCAUAGAUAGGUUGUACAGCAUACUUGUGAAGUAAAAGGAAAGGAAGCUAGGGCAUAAGCCAUAGAAAAUUCUCGCCAAUUAUUCAACCAAUAAAGGAAUAAGAUUUAGAACAUAUGUUGAAAUUAAUUAUAUGUACAUUCACCUAGCUACUAUGGGAAUUAGUGUGGAGGAUCCUCAAAAAGCUAAAACUUGACCUAGCCAUACAACUUAUGAGGCAUAAAUAAACACAUAAAUAUCAGGUGACAGUGGAUAUCCCUGCACAUCUUUGUUUUUCAUGACACUACUGACAAUAGCCAGGUUAUGGAAUAUGCCAAAGUAUUCAUGGUAUGAAGACAAUAGGGAUUUAUGCAGCCACAAAGAACGAAAUUAAGCAUUUGCAGGAAAUUGGGGUCAGAGAUCAUGUUAGGUGAUAAAGGCAGACACCUAAAGAUGUGUACACAUGUUUUAUGUCCUUUGUGGACGCUGUGGGAGGGGUAGUAAUAUAAAAGAAUAAGCAGUGGGAAAGGUAACAGAGAUUAUAUGAAUGUAGUGGAGGUCUGAGGACUACAGAUGUGGCUCAGUGGAUAAAGGCACUGGCCUCCAAGCCUGUCGCUCCCUCACAUCCCUGUGGUCAAAAAAGAGAACUGACUCUCAAGAGCUACUCUCUGCACACGGUAGAUGUGCCUGGAACCGGGAAGUAAAAUGUAUUUUUAAAAUAAAAGUAAUGUGAGACACAUAAUCAAAGAAUGUUGUAUGCAUGUUGGGAAUGUUAUAAUGAAACCCUUUAUACAAAUAAUACAAGUUUUAAAUUAAAUGUCCCAGCACCUGAGUCAUUUCUACUGUGGUAAUAUUUUUUCUAUUGAUCUUGGGAGGAAGAAGCAAUAUUUUUGGAAGGAAGCAAUGAAGAAAGGAAGGAAGGGAGAGAGGGAAGAAGGAAGGAGGAAUGGAAGGGGGAAGAAGGAACAAAAACCUGAGUAUUAGAAAGAGUCUAUAGAUAUGGAACAAAAGCCAGAUGUCGUCCUUUUUGUGUCUGUACUGAAGGAAGAACACAGACAAUAGCACGGUUGGUUGCUUAUUUCUCCCAUGGAGAAACAAAGGAUCCUACCAGGAUAUUGUCCUCACAUGUGAUGGUCUUUUUAAGAGGCACUUUUAAUAUUGCUAUCAGUUUCUAUUUUUUCAUUUGAAAUAUAAAGCUUACAUAGUUCAUUUAGAAGAUAGAUUGGCUCCCUUGUGCUGAUAAGCAUUCCACUUUUUUUUUUUUUUUGGCAUUUCUUGGUGAUAGAUUUGAUUUGCACUAAACUUGAAAACAUUAAAAAGAAUAGAUUUCUAAAUUGAAAUGAUUCACACUAUGUUUUAUUUAAACAGAACUCUCUGUGCCUGUAAGAUUAACAUGGAAGGGCCUGUUUUUUUUUUUCUUAUUUUGAAUAACUGCCCAUUUACUGUUUAAAAGCCAAUACCCAAACAUGCUAUUACUUUACCAAUUUCAGUUUUUAAAAAAUCAUAUGGGUUAUUGUGUAUUCUUAGCUUAUAUAACAUACAUUUUAAACUAAUACUACUUUUUCUCUCUUCUACCAAAAUGGGCCAUGCCCAAUUUUAUUUUUGUCAGCAUGUGAGGCAACUGGUUCUGUAGAGUUUUGAAUUUAGGGACAUUUAGGCAUUUGAAAUAUGCUUCUUCCCAAGUAAGUUUUUGUACUGUCCAUGCCAGCAAUCGCUUUUCAGCAAUGGUGUUGUUAGAGGGCAUUGUAAAUUGGAGGAAGGUAGAUUGAACAAGUUAAUUAGAUUCAGUGCACAUUGGCUCCUGCUGAGUGAGUGAAGUGCGCAAUGGCCCUAACAAGUUCUCUGUCUUCAGAGUGCCUCUGUGGAGCCAGAGUACAUGCUAAAGGUUCCAAUGUCCUGUGCUUCUGAGUGAUGCUCUUAGUGCUUAGAAGCCAGAACCUUUUCUCAUGGGAAAGCUGUUGCAUUGAAGAGAGAAAUGCAUCAUCAGUGACAGAUGGCUUUUAUUGGAAAGUCAGGAAAUAUCUAUAUUAUGACAAUUACAUCUUGCAAAAAGUGAAAUCAUCUGGUUCUGAUUUUCCUUUGAUAAAUUAGAAACUGGACAUGGUGGUUCACAUUGGUGAUCCCAGCACUCCAGAACAGAAGCAGUCCAUUGAUGCAAGGUAUAGAUAGGCCAAGUAGGACUUCAUAGUAAAACCCUGUCUCAAAAAAAGAAAAUAAAUAAAAAUAAUAAAUUAGUAAGUAAAAACAAAUUAAAGUAAUAAGAGUGGGCAAGAUGCCUCAACAGAUAAAGAUAUCUAGUGUCAAACACAGUAGCUAGAGUUUGAUGUCUAUGAUCUACACAGUAGCAGAACACCAAGUUGCCCCUUGCCCUCCACACUGGUCCUCAACCAGAAACAAUGUAAUAUUUAAAAAAAUAAAUAAAAAUCAAGAAACCAAAAACUAUCUAAACUUAAAAAAAUAAUAAAUGUCUUAGGAAGAAUGAUUUACAUUGGUCUCAUGGAAGUAAACAUAAAAUAUAGUUUGUGUGGGUACCCUUGUAAUUUGUGAUUCUAUUUAUUUUGAGAAUAAUGGCCUUAAAGAAUACUUCCCUGCCUCCACUGUGUAAUUAGAAAGUCUGAGCUCUUAGAACAGUCUUUGUCUCUUGUUUGUGAAGAACUAGUUCAUAUGUUUUACAGAAUUUAAUGAUAAAUAAAAUUU